AUGCCCGAACAAGGCGUGGACGGUUUCAACCUAGAUGGGAUCCUGAGCGAGCUGGGCAGUUUUGGCAAGUACCAGCUCUUCCUGCUCCUGCUGCUGGGCUUCCGAGAUUCCUUCUUGAAUAUGUGCAACUACAAUUACGUCUUCACUGCCGCUGAGGAGCCCUUCAGAUGCUUAAAACCUUCUUGCUACCCAAACUCAAACCAAUCCUGGAUUUCAUUCCCCACACGAGAUGGCACCACUUGCUUCAAACAAGACAACGAGACGGCCACCUGUUCUGCGGGUUUUGGCUCUGACAGUAUACCUUGUGAAGAAGUUGUGUACGACCAAUACAACAGUAUUGUGGCGGAGUUUGACUUAGGAUGCCAGCCGUGGAAGGCUACCCUCAUUGGCACCGUCCACAACUUGGGAUUGGUUUUCUCAUUUGUACUGUCUGGGUUCAUAUCUGACAGGUAUGGAAGAAAGAUAAUCAUAGUGAGUACUCCGCUUAUGGUCGGCAUCGCUGGUCUGCUAAAGUCAUUCGCAAUGGACUAUUGGACUCUCCUCGCUCUGGAGUUUUUGGAAACCGCUCUGGGCUACGGGAACGCAUCUAUGGUUUUAUCAUUAGAAGCAGUUAGUCACAAAAACCGGGUUAUGUAUUCUUGCAUAUCUGACAUCCUGGCCAAUUUUGGAGGAGCGUUCUUUGGCCUCAUAGCGUGGAAGGUUCCUUAUUGGAGACACCUGACGAGAGCCAUCUAUGCGCCGCUUCUGAUCGUUGUAUUUUACAUAUUCCUUGUAGACGAGGGAGUGAGAUGGCUGCUCGCCCACAAUAAGCGACACGAGGCUGUCCAAGUACUGAACAAAGUUGCUAAAAUCAACAACAUCACGCUGUCAAACAAAGCGCAGGAAAUGCUCACUAGUAUUACAGCACAAAAGACUGCGGUAGAUAAGGCGGAACGUUCCGAAGAGGUUCCACAAAUUUUUACAGUGCUUCGCUCAAAAACACUCCUCUUACGGAUGGCUCUCAUCGCAGCGUGCUUCAUCUGCUCCUCCUUUGUUUUCAGUGGAGCUAUCAUCAACUCUGUUAGCAUUUCUGGAAGCAAAUAUUUGAAUUUUUCCAUCAUGAUGCUAGUACAAGUGCCGACUAGAUUCGUCACAGCGCUCACUUUGACCAGAUUCGGGAGGAGGGCCCCGAUCUGUGUCGCAUAUUGCCUCUGCGCUGUAUUCUUCAUGGCUUCAGCUUUCGUGCCCAAAUCUAUCUGGUGGGCGUCAGUAUUAUUCUACAUCGCUGGUAAAAUGUGCAGUAGCUAUGGCAAUUUCUCGAUGUAUGUGGUGGCGAUGGAGAUUUUUCCCACCACCUCGAGAAACAGUCUCACGAACGUCGCCAAUAUUGUGGGCAGACUGGGCUCGGUGUUAGCGCCACAAGCGCCUCUACUCGAGAACAUAAUGCCUGGUCUCCCAAGCAUCGUAUUCGCGAUAGCAGCACUCGGACCGGCCAUUCUGGCCCUUCUACUGCCCGACACCAGCCAAUCUGUGCUGCCAGACCAAGUGUCUGAUGUCGAGAAGGUUGAUGCGACAUCAAACCCAGACAUCGCCACCGAAACCACCAAGCAGAGGUUAUGA